GUGUCUCAGAAUCUCCCUCUCUACAGCAUACUAACAGUUAAUUUAAAGGUAAACAACCCCUUAAAGUUCAAUAUUGCGGCUGUUAAGGACAAAUAUGUGGUAUUAUUUUCUUGAUACAUCUUUUUACAAAAUAAAAACCAGUUUAUACAACGUGAACUUUCCAUUUUCCUACUGUUUCCCAUGUGUCUUUGAAAGGCGCCGCUCAAUAGGGUACAGCUCGGCUUCCGUAGCCAGCAAACGCGGGUCAACGUCUCCCGUAGCAACAAGGAGCUCUGCGAAAACUGCCCGGCUUCCGUAGCAUUCCCGCCAGCCAUGGGAUCUGCGCGGUUCCCCUAACAACAGAGUUGCUUGUGCCGUCCUCUCGGCUUCCGUAGCUGUCCCAAUGAACUUUGAGUUUUCACUUUCGCUUUCCCCCGCCUUGAAGUUGUCAGUCACGAGACUUACAGAAAUAGUCGGACACCUCUCAUGAAAGUAACUGGAGGCGGCUGCGUGUACAAGGAAUAGUGGGAAAGUGAGUGGAGACUGAGGAUUGGAGGAAUGGCGGGAAAACGCUCUGAGGGAGAGUUGAGGAGAAGGAGCGAGGCUUUUGAGGAUAUACUGGAGGGACGACGACAGUCUAGUGACCUAAGAUUUGCAAUGAGGAGCUACACACCUGUCCUUUACAAGAACCUGACCCCCUGCCCACCCAGUGCCUUAAAGGCUAAAGUUCUCCAGUCCUCAGAGCUGCAAUAUGUCCUUGGUCAAAUCUCCUCAGAAACUGGGCAGCCCCUGGAAUCCCUCCAGCAACAGGCGACAGACAUUCUAGAUGAAAUGGGUCACGGUCUGCGGAUGGGCGCUGUCCGAUUCUUUGCUCUCACUUUAAGUAAGAUCUUCAAGCGCCUUUUCCAGAAAGUGCUCGUCAACGAGGAAGGAAUCCGGAUGCUGACGGAAACCAUUCGAGAGCACCCAGUCGUGCUCAUUCCCAACCACCAGAGCUACAUUGACUUUUUGAUGCUGUCCUACCUACUGUACACGUACGACCUGCCGAUUCCCGUCAUCGCCUCAGGAAUAGCCCUCACCGGCAUGACAUUUGUAGGAGAGCUGCUGCGCAUGGCCGGCGCCUUCUAUAUAAGACGAGGAAUCCGAGGGAACAAGCUCUAUUGGGCGGUCUUUGCCGAAUAUGUAAAGACCUUAGUGCGGAAUGGUUACGCUCCAGUGGAAUUCUUUAUUGAAGGUUGGAGGAGCAGAACAGGCAAGAUGUUAAAUCCAAAGUUUGGCAUGUUAACUGUCAUCAUGGAGCCAUUUUUUAAAGGUGAAGUGUCUGACACCUACAUUGUUCCAAUCAGUAUUACUUAUGAAAGGGUUCUGGAAGAAUCUCUCCUCGCGUAUGAACUUCUUGGUGUGCCGAAACCCAAAGAGUCUACGUUGGGUAUGAUAAAAGCGAGGGGCAUUCUCAAUGAGAACUUCGGAACCAUUCAUAUUUACUUCGGAGAACCUUUAUCAUUACGGUCUCUGUCUUCUGGGAAAUUAGAUCUGUCACAGUAUAAUCUACAGCCCAGACAUCUUCCCCAGGAACCCUCUGAAGACGUGCGCCUAUUUGUCUGUGACGUGGCUUACAAUGUGGAACUUACCCAAAUUACAAAUAUGGUUCUUAGCCCUGGAGUCUUGGUGGCAACCAUUUUGCUGCAGAAUUUACCAGAGAUGGACUUUAAUGUCUUGGUUGAAAAGAUUAUUUGGCUGAAAGAUUUGGUAGAAGCCUUUGGAGGGUUUCUAGAGUGGCCCAAUAACUUGUCAGCCAGCAGAGUGGUUCAGUCCAUCAUUGAUCUCCAUUCACAUACUCUCAGUCUCAUCGAUGGUCACGUGGCUUUAUUUGAGAAGCACACAGGUUCACUGACGGAGGAUGUUGUCUUUAAACAAGCAGUUUCUAUACUUACAUGUGCAUUAUAUCGGAACCAUAUGAUCAAUGUGUGUGUACGCCCUGCACUGGUGGUUCUGGCUUGUGAAAUGGCACAGACCUCCAGGAAAGAAGACAUUGUUAAGUCAUUUAACUUCUUGAGGGACAUCUUUUCCAAAGAGUUCAUCUUCUUACCCAGGUCUGAAGAGAAGGAUUUUGAUGAAGGCUGCAUCAUGUUGGCCAAAUGUGAGAUCAUUCAUGUCACUCCUAAUGAAAUUGAAUUAACGGACAACGGGGCAAUUGCUGUUUUGUUUUUAUCAAAGAUGUUUCAACCAUUUGUUGAAGGGUAUAAGUUGGCCAUCAUGUAUCUGUCGAGGGAAUUUACUGAUGCCUUCACAGAAAUAGAGUAUGUGUCUGGAAUGAGGAGUUUUAUUUCUCAACUGAUUGCAUCUGGAGCCAGUCAGUGCUUUGAAGCUUUAUCUUCUGAUAUGCAAAAAAAUACACUGUCCUCCUUUGUACAACUUGGGGUUUUAACGAAAUUGAAAUCGGCCAAUGAGGUAGCCUUUUGUAUAGAGAUGAAGUUGCUGAAGGAAACAGCGGAAAAGCUUGGACUGCAACUGUGUCCAGAAAAGCUACCGUCAUCCUGACUUUGAGGAUUAUUUCCUUUUGCUGAAUAUUGUUGGGCAGUAUAUAUCUACCCCCCCUCCAAAAAAUAAAAUGUAAUUUGAUCAAAUAGUAAUAAGGAACUCAGUUUAAAACUGCAGCCUAUUAUGAUAAGAAACAUCUCAUUAUACAGCAGGACUUUCUGUUGCCUCGUUAUUUUGUUUUAGUAAUUUCUCCUACACACUCAGCAACUCGACAGAACCAGGAAGGGGUUUCACUUUCACAUUAACCAUGUAAUUCAAUUACAGUAAUACUUGGAGUGUUUGUAAAAUAACUGGUUUUUAUAGGGAAAGAUUGAACAGGGAUCAAUACAAUUGGGAUAACUACUGCUACAUUUAAGAUUAGAGAGAAAGGAGGUCCCUGCCCUGUAGAGCUUACAGUCCAAGUGGGUGGGUAACUGUGAUUUCCUGUGGUUGAGGAAAAACCUUAUAAGGACUAAGAGUGCAAGGGUGUUUCAUUUUGAAGAGACAGAGGGAAGAUUCUAUAAGAUGAAAUUAAGGCAUGGAAUGCUAAGAAGCAGCCAAACUUAAGUGGGUCAUACACAAUAAGAUCAUCCUCACCAAACAAGCAGAUCUUUCCCUAAUAUGCCCACUAACGGCAGGGCGAUAUCAGGUUAAUACGAACGUUCCAGCCUUGGCCCGAAGGAAAUGGGCACCGAUGGGUCGUUGGACCGCAUCAACUAGCCGAUACUCGCAAGAAAAAUCAAACCUGCCCGAUUAGCCAGAUUUUUGUCCUGAUAUCGAUCGGGAGGACUUGUCAGAAGCCCUCACACACGGGCAAAUAAGCUGCCGAAUCGAUCAAAGGAUUAUAGGUUUAUGGUCGGAAAUGAUAGUGGGGGUGACCAGGUGUUACAAUAUGCAAAUGAUUUGUUAAAACCUUUGUAAAUGUAAGAAAAAAAUAAACCAAUGAUUUUACAA